CGAUCCACUUCUGUUAACUACUGUAUACCUGUCCUGGCUGCUACGUCAUGUGAUUUUGAAAGUGAAACGGUUUUCCACAGAUGCCAUUUUGUGAUAUGAAGGACGGCACACGACAACAAAAUCGAAAAGUUUGUGAAUAAUGUAGAUUAGUUUGAGGACAGACCCGUUUAAUGUUGCAAUCUAGAGGUAUUAUGAACCGAAUGAAGUUUGUGUUUAAUGUUCUUGGUUGCUGAGACAGAGGAGUUCUUUUAAAAUGAGUGUCUGUGAGAAGAGAGAGAAGGAGGAGGAGGAUGCACAAAUACACAAACCAGCAUCUCCAGAACCCAGCUGUGUGUCUAUAAACAGUGACAGAUCUAUCCUGAGCCCUCCUGAAUUCAGUGAUGGAGCAGUGAUCUCUGACCCUGACGCUGCCUGUUCAAAGAGUCUCUAUGAGGACGUUCAGACACACAAAACAAAGUCUCCAGAUCUCAGCUGUGUGUCUAUAAAGAGUGACAGAUCUAUCCUGAGCCCUCCUGAAUUCAGUGAUGGAGCAGUGACCUCUGACCCUGACGCUGCCUGUUCAAAGAGUCUCUAUGAGGACGUUCAGACACACAAAACAAAGUCUCCAGAUCUCAGCUGUGUGUCUAUAAAGAGUGACAGAUCUAUCCUGAGCCCUCCUGAAUUCAGUGAUGGAGCAGUGACCUCUGACCCUGAGGCUGCAAGUGACUUCAGUGAUGUUCAAACACACAAAGCGAAGUCUCCAGAUCUCAGCUGUGUGUCUAUAAAGAGUGACAGAUCUAUACUGAGCCCCCCUGAAUUCAGUGAUGGAGCAGUGACCUCUGACCCUGAAUUAAAGAGAGAUUGUCUGAUCAGAUCAGUGAUGCCCCAUCAGACCCUCAUCAGACAGAGUAUCAGAGAUCAACACAAAACCUGCAUGAAGAACAAGUAUGAGAGAUUAUUUGAGGGAAUCAAACUAAAAGAGACUCAAACUCUUCUGAACAGGAUCUACACACAGCUGUACAUCAUAGAGGGGGAGAGUGAAGGAGUGAAUGAAGAACAUGAGGUUUUACAGAUGGAGAAAACAGCCAGAACACAAGAUACUCCAAUCUACUGCAAUGACAUCUUUAAACCCUUAAAUAAACCAGAACUUGAGGAGAAAGACCAAAUCAAGACUGUUCUCACUAAAGGCAUCGCUGGAAUUGGGAAAACCGUCUCUGUGCAGAAGUUCAUUCUGGACUGGAGUGAAGGAAAAGCCAAUCAGGAUGUAGAUUUGAUGUUUGUGCUUCCAUUUCGAGAACUGAACUUGAUCAGAGAUCAUCAGUACAGUCUUCACAGCCUUCUGCUGGACUUUCAUCCUGAUCUUCAUGAUCUGGACUCAAAGAUCUAUGAGGAGUGUAAAGUUGUGUUCAUCUUUGAUGGUCUGGAUGAAAGUAGAAUGACGCUGAAGUUUUCAGACAUUGAGAAAGUUAGUGAUGUGAGUGAGUCUUCAUCAGUGGAUGUGUUGAUGUCAAACCUCAUCAGAGGAGAUCUGCUUCCCUCGGCUCUCAUCUGGAUCACCUCCAGACCAGCAGCAGCCAAUCAAAUUCCCUCCGAAUACAUCAGCCGUCUGACAGAAAUUCAGGGCUUCAAUGAGCCUUAGAAGGAGGAAUAUUUCAGGAAAAGAAUCAGUGAUGAGCAUCAAGCCAGCAGAAUAAUCUCCCACAUCAGAAGAUCCAGAAGCCUCCACAUCAUGUGUCACAUCCCGGUUUUCUGUUGGAUCUCAGCCACUGUGCUUCAAAACCUCCUGAACCAAGAUGACGGAGCAGAAAUCCCUCAAACUCUGACUGAAAUGUACAUCCAUUUCCUGCUGACUCAGAUCAGCAUGAGGAAGCAGAAGUAUGAAGAGAGAGAUCCUGAGAAACUCCUGCAGUCCAGCAGAGAUGUGAUUGUGAAACUUGCUGAACUGGCUUUCACACAGCUGAUGAAGGGCAAUGUGAUGUUCUAUGAGGAGGACCUGAUUGAGAGCGGCAUAGAUGUCACUGAUGCCUCAGUGUAUUCUGGGAUUUGCACAGAGCUCUUUAAGGAGGAAUCAGUGAUUCACCAAAGGAAAGUAUACGCCUUUGUUCAUCUGAGUUUUCAGGAGUUUCUGGCUGCAUUGUACGUGUUUUACUGCCAUGUCAAUAAUAAAUCACUGAAGUUGUUUCAGAAGGAAGGAUUUCUGGGUAACCUAAGCAAAAGCUUUCUGAAUGAGCUACUUAAAUCAUCAGUUGAUGAAUCAUUACAGAGUAAAAAUGGACACCUGGAUCUUUUCCUGCAGUUCCUGCUGGGAAUCUCACUGGAGUCUAAUCAGAGACUCUUACAGGAUCUACUGAAACACAUAGAAGACAGCUCAGACACUUUGAAGAACAUCACACAGUUCAUUAAACUCAAACUGAAGGGUCAGGAAUAUCUCUCAGCUGAACGAUGCAUCAAUCUGUUUCUCUGUCUGCUGGAAAUAAAGGAUCAGACUCUCUACGGAGAGAUUCAGGAGUUUGUCAAAUCAAACAAUGACUCAGAGGAUCUUCUUUCUCCGUCUCUCUGCUCAACAAUCGCCUACAUGCUUCAGAUAUCAGAGGACGUGCUGGAUGAGUUUUAUAUGAAGAAAUACAACACAUCAGAUGAAGGGAGAUUGAGACUGAUUCCACUUGUGGUCAACUGCAGAAAAGCUCUGCUUUCUUGUUGUAAUCUCACUGCUCAGUGCUGUGAAAGUUUGUCUUCAUGUCUACAAUCCUCAAACUCACUGAAAGAGCUGGACCUGAGUAACAAUGACCUGCAGGAUUCAGGAGUGAAUCUGCUCUCUGUUGGACUGAAGAGUUCACACUGUCAACUCAACAUACUGAAACUCAUUGCCUGUAAUCUCACUGCUCAGUGCUGUGAAAGUUUGUCUUCAUGUCUACAAUCCUCAAACUCACUGAUGGAGCUGGACCUGAGUCACAAUGACCUGCAGGAUUCAGGAGUGAAGCUGCUCUCUGAUGGACUGAGGAGUCCACACUGUCAACUCAACAUACUGAGAUUAUCUGGCUGUAUGGUGACCAGGGAAGGCUGCAGUUUUCUGGCUUCAGCUCUGAGAUUAAAUCUCUCACACCUGAGAGAGCUGGAUCUGAGCUACAAUCACCCAGGAGAUUCAGGAGUCAAGCUGCUCUCUGAGCCAAACUGCAGACUGGACAAACUCAAUAUGGAGCAUGGAGGAAAAAUCAGGAUUAUGACAGGACCACACAAAUAUGCAUGUGAUCUCACGCUGGAUUCAAGCACAGCAAAUGCUCGUCUUGCUCUGUCUGGGAAUAACAGAAAAGUGACAUAUGUGAAAGAGAAGCAGCCGUAUCCUGAUCAUCCAGAGAGAUUUGAUUGGUGUUACCAGGUUCUGUGUAAGGAGAGUCUUUCUGGACGCUGUUACUGGGAGGCUGAAUGUAGUGGGAAUGCAGUUAAUAUAUCAGUGACAUACAAAGAAAUCAAUAGGAAAGAAUCUAGUGAUGACUGUUGGUUUGGACUCAAUGAAAAGUCUUGGAGUCUGAACUGGUUUAAAGGGAGACUCACUGCCAGCCACAAUAAUAAAAGCACAAAUAUACAUGCUCCUUUACAUCACUCUAACAGCGUAGGAGUAUAUCUGAACUGGUCAGCUGGAUCUCUAUCCUUUUACAGCGUCUCUAAAACACACACACUCACACACUUACACACAUUCAACACCACAUUCACUGAACCCCUCUAUGCUGGAUUUACAGUCUAUUGUGGUAGCUCGGUGUCUUUGUGUAAGAUCGAACAGCCUUCAAUAUAAAGCAACUAACAUACA